AUGUUUGAUAAACUCAAGUUAAAGUCAAAAGGCUCUUCAAUUACUGCCGCAGAUCCUGUGGUUAAAGCCGGAGCCGAACCCACCAAGAAGCUGAUCUACCAAUCACGUAGAAACUUUGGAGUCAACAUUGGUGCUUGUUUUGUACUUGAAAAGUGGAUUUUCCAUGAACUAUUCCCAGAAGGAACAGAUUGCGAGUUAGAUGCUGUCACAAAGGUUGUUAAAGAUAAGGGUAAAGACGGUGCUCGUGAGGCAUUCGAGAACCAUUGGAUCGACUUUAUGAAUGAUGACGACUGGAAAUGGCUUCAGGAGCACAAGGUCACAUCAAUCAGAGUUCCAUUGGGAUACUGGGAAGUUGAUGGUGGCAAGUUUACCAAUGGCACAAGGUUUAGUAAAGUGAAAGAUGUCUACCAGAAUGCAUGGAAAAUCUUCAAGGAGAAAUUCGUCGAGCCAGCUGGUAGCCACGGCAUUUCUGUGCUAGUUGAUAUCCACGGUCUUCCCAAUGGAGCCAAUGGAAAUGACCAUAGUGGGGAGAAAUCGGGUGGAGAGGCUGGAUUUUGGAAUAGCCAAGACAUGCAAUUGUUGGUAUGCGAUAUGCUUCGCUUCAUUGCCAAAGACUUGAAGAAGUAUGACAACAUAUGUGGCAUACAAAUAGUCAAUGAGUCGGAAUUUGCUAACAAUCCUAAACGGCAAGAACGUUACUAUGCUGCCGCAAUUAAUCUGAUUAGAGAACACGACAAAGAUAUCCCCGUUGUUAUCUCUGACGGAUGGUGGCCCGACCAGUGGGCAAAGUGGGUCCAGAGUAAUCAAGGUGAGGGCCAGUCUUUGGGAGUCGUUAUUGACCAUCAUUGUUAUAGAUGUUUUUCUGACGACGACAAGAAGAAAUCUCCCAGACAAAUCACCGAGGAUUUGGAUAAAGAUUUGCUCACGAAUCUCAACAAUAAUGGCGAAGGCGUCGAUUUGAUGGUUGGAGAGUAUUCUUGUGUAAUUGACGGGGAGUCAUGGAAACGGGACGGUGCGCAAGACCAGAGGGACAAUCUCGUUGUAGAUUAUGGGCGCAAACAGUCCACAUUAUUGAGUCAACGAGCAACAUUUGGUAGCUAUUUCUGGACUUACAAGUUCCAAUCGGGAAAUGGAGGUGAGUGGGACUUCAAAACGAUGGUUAACAAGGGAGCAAUUGAGCCCUUAACUGUGAGAGACAGUGUUCCAGAUGAGAAUAUCAGAAACGAAAGAUUGGAUCAGGUAUUCAAGGCACACUGUGACUAUUGGAACAAUGAAAAUCCCAAAGAAAAGUACGAGCAUGAUCGUUACAAGCAAGGGUUUGAAGCUGCCUGGAACGAUGCCACUGCGUUCGCCAAGUUUAAUGGAUCUACCAUUGGCCGUGUCUACCCAUGGAAAAUCGCACGCUUACAAGAACAUAUCAAGAAACAUGGCAGUCUGAAACACUUGUGGGAGUUUGAACAAGGGUAUCAGGCUGGUUUGGUUGAAUUUGCAAAUAGCUAG